UAAACCUGAAUAAAUGCCGUAUAACUGAAUACAAUUGUAUUUCGUUCGCUAACAACACCGAAAAUUACCUCUGAAGCUGAGAAUAUUAUUUUGAAAAUUCAAAGCGGAAAUCGUUUUUGUAGCUUUCUUUCUUUACAGUUACUGGGUGGAGGGGGGGGAUCCAAACUUUAAGGUAAUUAAAGAUGGAGUCGUCGGAAAACCUCUCCGGUCAGGAAGCCGGUGUUGAGCAGGAUGCUACACCGACUCUCGUGGAUGUGGACGCCGCGUUGUUGCUGCUGGGAGCGGGCGUCACAGCCAUCACACACCCGCUGCUAUACGUGAAGCUGCUAAUACAGGUGGGACAUGAACCUCUUCCCCCAACUGUGGGCACGACUAUGUUUGGACGACGAGUCUUGUACCUGCCCGGCUUCUUCUCCUACGCACGUCACAUCGUGAAAGUAGAUGGAAAGAGAGGACUCUUCCGCGGCCUCUCGCCCCGCAUCGUGUCCAGCACCAUCUCCACUGUGGUCCGGAGCAAAGUGAAACAGGUGGAGCUUCUACCCAAGAGAGAUGAGCUGCAGACAUCACUUAGGAAAGUGGUGAAGGAGACCUCACAUGAGAUGAUCAUCCAGUGCCUGUCCAGAGUAGCCACUCAUCCUUUUCAUGUUAUGUCCGUGCGGUGUAUGGCCCAGUUUGUUGGCAGAGAGGUGAAGUAUGGUGGGAUAUUCAGCUGUAUUGUCAAGAUUUUUAAGGAGGAAGGAGUUGCUGGAUUCUAUGUCGGACUCGUACCCCACGUGGCGGGAGAAGUCCUCUUCCUGUGGUUCUGUAACCUCCUGGCUCACUUUAUUAACACCUACGCUGUGGACGACAGUUUCACUCAGGCCUCGGCAGUACGGAGCUACACAAAGUUUGUGAUGGGCAUUGCAGUGAGUGCUCUAACGUAUCCGUUCAUGCUGGUGGCCGACAUCAUGGCAGUCAACAACUGUGGCUUGGCUGCAGGUCUUCCUCCUCGCUCUCCCAUCUUCGAGUCCUGGCUGCACUGCUGGAACCACCUGAGCCACAAGGGUCAGCUCUUCAGAGGAUCCAGCUUCUUUUUUCGCCGGGUGCCCGUCCCCUCCCGGCCCUCCACCGAGGGAUAACAACAUCAUCAUCAUCUUCAUCAUCAUAUCCUGGCUUGCUGGGAUGUCCCCCCCCCCCCCCCAUAUGAAUCAUGUAUGAAGUGUGUACUUCGUCCACAGCGAUCCCGACCAAUCGGUCCCAAAACUUAAGGGUUAGUGCUGCUAACCUCAGGCUAUGCAUACAUACAUUCUAACAGCGGGAUAUUUUUCAUAUUUAUACUUAUUUAAAAUCUUAUUUAUACUAAACAAACUAAAUGUGAAACGUCUGCACCGUUAUCAAUUCGCAGAAGACUAAAUAAAGUGAAUAAGGGUGCAGACGUUUCCCAUUUAGUUUGUCGACAGAUACUUUGCCAAAGCAACUUUUUUUUAGUCCUUUUUUUUACUCCGUAACGGAUGAAAUGUAGCGAAAAAACAUACUAAAGUAAAAGUAAAAUUACAGUUUUUAAAAACAAGUGUACGCCUUUUUGUUUUACGAUAACUCUUACACUCCUAUUUAAAAUCUAGUUCUUUAACUUAAAAUGCUUAACCUAAAAAACAAACCUUUAAAAAGCAAAAGUACAGCAAAAAAGCUACAUUACAGUAACGUGAUUGAUUGUUAUUUGUUAGUCCCCCCACCACCACACACACGCACACACACGCACACGCACGCACACACCACACACACGCACACACACACAGACACACACACAC